AUUGAGCCCCGAGCCCUCUGCUGGACAUGCCGGGUAUAAUCACCACGGUUCCCGUUGUCAAGGAACUGCGUCCCCGGUUGCUAUCAUGGAGGGACUGUACACAGACAGGUGAAACGGCUAAAAAAAAAAGAAAAAAAGUGUGAGCUUAGACGGAGUAUUUUUAAACGACCAAAGAGACUGUUAUUUUUUCAGGAGAAUUUGCUGCGAACGUUUCCCGGGCACGUUUGUCCUCGCCCUGAAAAUGACUUAGUGAGUUAGCAGGGGGUUAGCGGCAGACGCUAGCUAAGACAGGACCCGACGAGCCGAGUUAGCAGCUAAGAGCUUUGCUGGGAGCCGGACCUGUAUGUAUGCCCGGUGUCAGCCGGGGGAGGGGGGCAGCCUUGGAGGGAUGCAAGUUCUUCAGGACAACGUAUUCUGCCACUCGGGGUCGAGGUUUGGAGCUGAGCGAGGCUUCGAAGAUGAGAGACAACUUUUGACCGAGGAGCAGAAGUUAUGCAAAGUCCGAGCUCGCAGGUUUUCCCUGGAAACCAACCGACGCCGGAAGGCUCUGGAGGAAAGACAGAAGCAGUGGGACGUGCAGGAGCAGCGGCUGAGAGAGACCAUCCUACAUCAACGCAGACAGCAAGUACAGGAUGCAACUGAGCGCUUCCAAAGAGCCCAUCUGCCUCCUUCUCAAAGACGUAGACAAUCAUUAAGAAGAAAUGUCCCAAGUAUAGAAGAUGCGCUCAAUCAGCUUCAGGGGACCUUGAGUUCUUACACCCAGCAGUCCUCUUUCUUGUCAAGCAACUCUAACAUUAUCAGAAGCUGCACUCCCUCUCCUAAGCCUCCCACACUUUCUAAAUCCUCCCACCGCCAAGCACCCUCUGCUGUGGAGGCCUACACAAAACUGCUUCGGGAGCAGGGCACGACUUGCUUCAAGACCAGUCAAGACACUGAAAAAAAACAAGAGAAGCAGCAAGAUCACAGUCCACAAGACAGACACCUGUCUGAUUGCUGGAAUUCUGAAAGCCUUUCAAGUAAGGACAGUUUGAAGAAUGAGGACCCUGACCACAGCACAAAAAAUCUGCAGUGUUCCUAUUCGUCAUCGUUGCUCGACUCAGAUAACCCCCGCCUAAACCUGAGAAAGCAAAAUGAUUUGUUUCCAACAUCAGACCUAACUUUAUCAGCAGGGCUUCUUCUUGGUGAUAACUUAACCCGUUCACAAAAACUGCAUGAGCCUAAGGAGAGAGAGCAAGAGGACUCUGAAGGGCCUAACAAUAAGAUGCAAAUUUCUAAAGCUUCUUGGAGGUUCACAUCUGAGCAGAUGCGUAAAAGAGAGACCCAACCUGCUCUGCAAGGCUGCAACUUAUUAACUUAUUGUGAAGUUAUUAGCGCAGACCCAGAGCACUUUGAGGUAAACUCCCCACAAAACAGUCCCAAUGACAACAUCAUUGUUACAAAUAGAGUUACUCCCGACACCACAGCACUUGAGCCUUCAUGUGCAAAACAAGAGGCUCUGUUGGAUCUCAGACAGCAGAGGGACCAUGAUGACAGACAGUUAAAACAUCCAUCAGCUACAGAAAUUAUUUUGCCUGCCAAAAAUGGUAACAGCAAAGACAUUUUGUCUGGGGCUCCCCCAAAGCCAAAUAUUUUCUUGAAUGAUAGCACAGCCGAUAAUACCUCACAAGAAGGAACUCUUCAGCAAACAGGAAAAGAAAACCACUGUCUGUCAUCCCAGAAAGAGCCUAGUGCUUCCCUAAACAACCUCAAUAAGGUUUCAAACUCAGAGCCCAUAAUUGAGAAGCCCAUUAAUACAGCAUUGCUGCAACACGCAUGCUUGUCUAACAUUCAAUCGGAUACUCUUAAAUGCCUUAAGUGUUCCGAGGAGGAAGAGGAAGUACAAACAUUGCCUGUUUCAGUGGGGACAACUCGUUCAGUAUGUGAAGUCAGAUUCAUUAAGGGAAUUCUAAAAAAGCAGUCCAAAUAUAUGUCAAGAGAUGCUACAUGUUUGUAUGGCUCAGGGCAUUUGAUUUUUGCAAAACAAGUAGCUUUAGCAAUCAGAGAUAGUGUUGAAUUGACAAGGGCAAAGACUAAGGACGUGGAGAACAACAACAGGGUCAAGAAGAAGCUGCGUUGGUUUGAUGAGGUACAUGUGGAAAAAGAGGACAAAGAACAGAGCAUAAUGAAACAGAUGAAAGGCAAGUCUUCCAAUCUUUCUCAGUCAAAGAAAAACCCAGAAGACCACCAGCUAAGUCUCACUACAGUCUCAGGGGCUUCCAAGGUUGGACCCGGCAUGACCCCUCCAGCCUCCACCGGUUAUCACUUUACAAAGCAGGCGUGGGCAGAUGUUGGGGUUCAAGUCAGCUUAUCCCAUGAACGAGCAGAUGAGGUCAAGGUGCCACGGAGCAGCACCAGGACUGGUGGCCCCAAGGUCCCUCGGAGAGAGUCCUCUGCCAGAGUUGGAGGAGGUCCUGUUUCUUCACGGACUAGAAAGGGCACUCUCAUACGACCCCAAUCUGCCACCGAGGUGAGUCAGAUUGCCAAAACCAAAGGGAAGAUAAUGAUGCCCAGAAUUGACCAGGCCCUGUGCAAAGACAACUCAGAAGACUUUUUCUCGCCAUACAAACGUCAUCUAAUCAGAACAGAUAGUAAUGUUAUGUACACACCAAUGCCGCCCUCAUAUACAUGCUCCGUCUCAGAGGGUAACACGAAGGGCACGCUCAGCACAGAUCAUCAGGAAACUCAGGGAUGCAGUAGAAGAAGAGGGAUGGUGUUCAAUGAAAAAGCCCUCUGUUUAGAUUGCACUCCCACAGAUGAGGAGAUCUCACGGCUUUGGCAUGGUGUCCGCAGCGCCUUAGCCCCCAAGGACGCAAAAACCAUGCUUAGAAGACAGGUCCUGGAGAGUGGGCGAGCUGUGAGGAAACCCUGCGUGGAGCAGAGCAGACAGUCUCCUGGCUCAGGUUACAGAAGUCUUCCUCAGCCCUCUCAGUCCACACACCCAGUCAAGAUGUUUUCCAGUACUUAUGACGUGGCCUUUACAGAUGAAGGAUUGAAGCGUGCAGCCCAGUUACACCUGGCUGAAGUACAUACUGAAGGCCUACUGGAAGAAAGAAAUAUUGUAGCUGCCAUGGAAACAGCCCAAACACAGAGUCCAGGAACGGUGCAGCAGCGCAGCCAACAGCACGCACCCACCCGCAUUUCCUUGGAAGAGCAGAAAAUCCUUCUUUCUCUAGACAGACUUAACCACCAGCUGCACUGUGUGCGAGAACAUGCUGGGAGUGAUACUGGCACACGAAGCCUGCUGCUUGUUGAUGCACCCUCUACAAAGGAAAUGAAAGUCACUAACCAUCACAAGCACCGUGCCCGUGCAUCCUCAGCUAACAACCACUCUCAAUACCUGAAGAAAUUCUGACUUAAAGAAUGUGAGGUCCACCGUGGUCUUCACUCCCAUCAAUGCGUUAUACCUUAUAUCAUACUGUGUAACCAAGCACUUUAUUACCUUGUAAAAUGGAUUUAGUCUCCUUUAAAACUACAUGUGCCUACUCGAGUAUCUUCCCGAUCUAAGAGACCAACCACAAUGGACUGUAGAAAUAAUAAAAGCAAAAUCAGACCAAAUUAAUUUUUUAGUUGGUGAGUUGAAAUUAGUUUUGUAUUUUUGCCAUCUGCUUAGGCAAGAACACAGUCAGUCACAGUGACCUUAGCUUUUUUUAAGCCAUUUACAAUUAAGCAAUCAAAUUUUAAGUGCCUAUGAAAAUGAUACUCGUUUUCAAUUUGUUCCACUCCACAUAAGCAAAUAGGUCCUUCUUAAAAUUGACACAUGACCAAAAUUGACUGCAAAAUACACACUGUAAAUUUGUAUAAGAUUAAUGCUUAUUUUCAAAGCUUUCUCAUUCUGUAUUUAUUUUAUAUAAUAAAACUAUAAUUUGAUGGAAACUAUUUUGGGACCAUAUUGGCAGUGAAGUGAAAGAAGCUUGUUGUCAGUGUACUGAUAAACUGACUGGGUGAGGUGUGUUUGGUAGUAUCAUUAUUUCCUCAACCUUGCAUAGC